GUUUGUGUAUCUUUUGGCAAAGUCAAAGUCAAAGGGAGCUUCCGACCAUUCCAAGGAGGCGUUGCUGGAUUGCUCAGGUUGUAGGUAGUUAGGGUAGGAAAUUCUACUUCUAAGGUAGUGGAAGGACACGCCACCUGCGAGAGGCCAUGGCGGGUAAUCCACCUCCAGGGGGUAACCCGGGUGGUCCUCCAGAAGGGUACCCUGAAGGAUACCCUCCUCAAGUCCCCCCCCAGGGGCCACCGGCGGGGUACCCCGAUCAACCUCCCCCAACAGGAGAGGAAGGAGGCACUCAAGACAAAGGAGGCAUUGAGUCGAGGGGGGGCAUCGAAGAGAGGGGUCAUGGGGGUGGGUACGGCUACCCUCCUCAGGCCUAUCCGUACCCACCUCCUCAGGGUUACGGCGCCCCAGCAUACCCGGCCCCUGGCGGUUAUCCCGCUCCUGGGGGAUACCCUGCUCCUGGGGGGUAUCCUCAGCCUGGGUAUGGCGCCCCCGGUUAUGGAGCCCCUGGUUAUCCCCCCACUGGCGGAUAUCCCCCUCAGGCAUACCCCCCGCAGGGCGGAGCGUAUCCACCAUCCGGCUACCCAGCCCCGGCACCUGGGGGCUACCCGAUGCCUUACGCAGUGCCCGGCUACCAGACUGUGAAGCACGGCAAGCACGGCGGCUAUGGCGGCCAUGGGAAGUACGGGAAGCACAAGAAGCACAAGAGCAAGAAGGCGUAUAUGUUCAAGUUUGGCGGCAAGAAGUGGGGCAAGCACAAGAAGUGGGGCAAGAAGUGGUGAUCUGCCCACACUUGAGUGAGGCUUGAGCUGCCAGCCGUCUACUGUACAAAUUGCUGGGACGCAAGUCGGACAAAAUGUCUGUUUGCUAUGUUAUCGGGCGCUUAGGUUGUGAGUCUGGUCUGACGGUUGCAAAGCCGUUCAGAUAGUUCACCGUUUGGAGAUUUCGCGAAGGUGGUCACGGCUUUGUCCACUUGCUUUUCUCGUUCUGGGUAUACAGCGAUUGUGUUCUCAGACAUCGAAUGUUUGGGUACUUUGGUUCAGUGCGUUGCCAGAAUUGUGGAGCAAUCCUGCCGAAGUUGCACUUUUCGGGACAACAUGAGCAUGGGAGAAAUCUGGACAGAUUCUCGAUACUUUUUGAAUGAACAACUACAUUUCGGAGCCAUGCCAGUCUCCUUCCUGCCAAUCCCUUUUUGUGAUGUUUUCAAGGCUUC